CUUUCCACCUCGCUUCGGACUCCAUCUUCUUCGUCGACAUCGUAUUCAACUUCAGGACCGGAGUGAUGACCACUGAGGGCCCCGAGCGCGUGAACCUGGACCCGGGCUACAUCGCUCGCCAUUACGCCAAGUCGUGGUUCGCCCUGGACUUUGUGAGCACGGUGCCCCUGGACUACAUCUGCGUGCUGCUCGAUUCCGUGUUCGCCGGAUUCCGCAGCGUCAGUCCCGACGGACUGUCGGCCAUACGCUUCAUCCACCUGACCAAGCUGCUCAGCCUGCUCAAGCUCCUCAGGCUCUCCAGGCUCUUCCGAUCCGUCAGCAGCUGGCAGCGCAGCUCGCUCUAUUCCAAUUGGACGGUGUAUGCGAGGCUGCUGAACAUCGUGUGCCUGAUGAUGCUGAUCGCCCACUGGAACGGCUGCCUCCAGUUCUUCGUGUCUAUGAUGCAGGGAUUCCCCGAAGACAGUUGGGUCCGACGAGAUGGAAUUCAGGACAAGUCUAAGUUCGAGCAAUACUCGUGGUCGCUGUUCAACGCCAUGUCCCAGAUGUUAUCCAUCGGCUACGGACAGAACGCACCCCACACCGUGGUGGACAUGUGGCUCGUCUCUCUAGGCAUGCUGACCGGAGCCACGGGCUAUGCGCUGCUCGUGGGGCACGCCACCACGCUCAUCCAGAGCAUCGACUACACCAAACGCCUCCACAGGGAAAAGAUGGAGCAGAUCGAGGACUACAUGCAGUACCGGCGGAUACCCAGGGAUCUGAGAUUCCGAGUGCGCAACUACUUUGAGCACCGGCAGAUGGGCAAAGUGUUCGACGAGGAGGCCAUCUUGGAAGAUCUCUCCCAGCCACUCAGAGAGGACGUGAUGAAGCACAACUGUCGCGCCUCCGUACGUGCGGUGCCAUUCCUGUCGCACGCGGACCCGAGCUUCGUGAGCGACGUGGUGACUCGGCUGCGCUACGAGUUCUUCCAGCCCGGGGACGUGAUCAUCCAGCAGGGGGCCCUCGGGCGCUCCAUGUACUUCAUCCAGUCGGGCACCGUCAAGAUCGUCCUCAACGGCACGCAGUUCAUCGGCACGCUUUCCGAGGGAUCGCACUUCGGAGAGAUCUGCCUGUUGACCAAAACGACGCGCAGCGCCAGCGUUAUCGCGGAGACCUACUGCGACCUGUUCUCACUGUCCGUGGAGAACUUCAACGAGGUGUUGUCCCAGUACCCGUCCAUGAGGAGCUCCCUCGAGACCAUCGCCGCCCAGAGGAUCGCCGAGAACUCCGCCUUCCGCCCGUCGGAGAGUGACGACCUUUAG